AUGGGGGUGAAGAACCUUUGGGACAUUUUGGAAUCUUGCAAGAAAACUCUACCACUUCACCAUCUCCAGAACAAGAGGGUUUGCGUUGAUUUGUCGUGUUGGAUGGUUCAACUUCAUUGUGUGAAUAAAUCCCACUGUGCAACGAAAGACAAGCUUUAUUUGAAGGGUCUGUUCCACCGCCUUAGAGCCCUCAUUGCUUUGAAUUGCAGACUCAUCUUCGUCGCAGAUGGCUCAAUUCCUGCUAUAAAGUUAUCAACAUAUAGGCAUCGUUUAAAUCCAGGAAAUGAGGCUACUUUAGAUGAUACGAAUCCUCAGAAAGUAGCAUCAGUUAGAAGAAAUAUGGGAUCUGAGUUUUCGUGCAUGAUAAAAGAAGCCAAAGUUUUAGGCAUGGCGCUUGGGAUUCCUUGCUUGGAUGGGAUUGAGGAGGCUGAAGCUCAAUGUGCAUUGCUUAACUCAGAAUCAUUAUGUGAUGGAUGCUUUACUUCAGAUUCCGAUGCCUUCUUGUUUGGUGCAAGAACAGUGUAUAGAGAUAUUUGUCUUGGAGAUGGCGGCUAUGUUGUUUGUUACGAAAUGGAUGAUAUUGAGAGAAAACUAGGGUUUGGAAGGAAUUCCUUGAUUACUCUAGCCGUUCUUCUAGGCAGUGAUUACUCUCAAGGAGUUCGUGGUUUUGGGCCUGAAUCAGCUUGUCAGAUCGUGAAAUCCAUUGGCGACUCUGCCAUUCUUCAGCGAAUUGUAUCAGAGGGAUUUUCAAUUUCAAAGAAGGCAAUAGGUACUAAGAAACAGGGUCGCAACUGUGCAGGUCUUGAAAAGGAUUCUGACGGAAAUAAAAGUAAUUUACAAAGGGACCAUCUGUUCUUGCAAGUAAUUGAUGCAUACUUGAAGCCAAAAUGCCAUUCAGCAGAUUCAGAUGCUGUGCAUAGGGUUCAUGCUUUAUAUCCAUUCAGACGCAGCCAACUGCACCAGAUAUGUGCUCAAUAUUUUGACUGGCCUCCUGAAAAGACAGAUGAGUACAUCCUACCAAAGAUAGCUGAAAGAAAUUUGCGACGAUUUGCUAAUCUGCGUUCUACUUCAUCAGAACUCGGAGUCCAUCAUGCAUUAAAUGAGGUGCCAGUGAAGUGUCCAAUGUCUGGCAUUAUCAAGCAGAGAAAACAUCAAGGAAGAGACUACUUUGAGGUUUCUUGGGAAGACAUAGAUGGGCUCAAACAAUCCACUGUACCAGCUGAUCUUGUGCAGAGUGCUUGCCCUGAAAGGAUAUUGGAAUUCGAGCAAAGAAGAGCUCAAGGAAAGAAACCAAAUUCACGUAGAUCAAAGCCUAAGAAAGUAGAGACGAGGGCAGACAUAAAGGAAAUUAAUCAGAAACUCCAAAAAUUGUUGCUUGAAAUCGACCAAAAAAACUGCCCCACGUAUAAUGCAGUUUCUUUAGGACGAUCAGUACUAGAGGAGACCUUCACUAGUACCAAGUCAAAGAGUAACAGCAGAAGUGAAGGAAGAAACAAUGGUAAAAGCUCCAUAUCGUGUUUCUACUCCACUGCUUCCAGUGAUUCUACAACAGAAAUUAUUGAUCUAACAAGUCCCGCACCACCAGUACGUGCUAUUGGUGUUUCAAGUUGCCAUGACAUGAAGUGUAUGGAUGUAAUUGAGUUGAGCGAGUCUGAGAAUGAUAUGUCUCCUGAACACACAAUAAAAGCGAGGGAGCUGAGAUUGUUCAUAUCCAGUAUUAGGGAUGAAAGCUAG